UUUGCAUAGGCAGUGAUAAAGAUAAAAAAGACCAAGGAACAUGUCUCUAGUUGAGGCUAGUUCGUCGUAAUAUUCUCAUCCCUAAAGAGAGAGGAAUUCAAACAUCUAUAGCUUCUUCAAGAAGGCUAUUUCUUUUUACGUGAGGGUACCUUGCAUCUAUGUUUGGUAAGGUUUUGCAUGGAGAUUGGUAGGCUGAUACCUGCUGAAACAAUUCGUUAAUUGGACUGAGCUUCAGUGGAGCCCGAGCUCAGGCCAGAAGCACCGGCACUGAUUUUUGCGGACGGUUGAUUGUUCAAUCGACAAAUGUAGGAUCGGAGUUUAAGAAAGUGUCCGUAACAUACAUGUUUUGGAAUUCCAACAGCUUUACAACCAUAGAACUUGGAUGUUCCAUUGAUGUUUCCAUCUUUUGAACUUCUCUCAGGACUUUCCUAGGUCACACUGGAUAUUAUAUAUCACUUGUAUACAUAUAGUUCAAUUAACAUUCCAAACCUCAAUAGCUAAGGUAUACUCCAAUUAUUCGUCACUCUCUCCUUGCGAUGAUAAAACAGGUUGAUCAACUCCUAAAACAACUUCAAGUACCCUUUCAUGUACCAAUCCCCUUUGGUUAAUCUUCAUUCAUGAAUCAGAAUAAUUUAAUCUUAUUGACAUCGGACUACUACAUUGAACAUGGAUGGUUCUCCAUUAGGCAUUAAUGUCAGGGGAAAACUACAAGACAUGAAGGAAAAAAAAAAGAGUUAAUGGUGUAGAGGCCAAGUGUUAAGUGGAGAGAUAUAGCUUCUUGGGGAAGGACUGUAAACUUGGUUCAACUCCGUCCUUUCAAUACAUAGUUUUAAACCUGCGGUCUUGAUCAACUUUUACCAUAAGGCGAAUACCUGCUGUAACAAAGCUUCUGUUGCACAUAGAGCUUCAGUGGAGAGAACCUUGAAAUCAGGUUGAGGAGGAAGAAGAAGAAGAGACAGAGACAGUCCACACCCAAAGUUGGGGUUUUGAAAAGCAUGCUCAAUGGACUCUAUGAGAAAAGUGUGGAAGUACCUAGAGGAGCAUUUUGACACGAACUUGAAUGAGUUACAGACCAGACUCCAAGAGCUUCAGAUCCGCGAGGAGGAAAUUAGUAACCGAGAAAAGCGAUUGGAAGACAGAGAGUCCGAGUUGGAAUGUCUUGAUAAGCUGAUUGAAUAUAAGGGAGAGGAAUAUGAUGCAAUGGAGGAGGCAAUAACAGAGAAAGAGUUAUAGGUUGAACAAGUGAAGACCGAGUUGCAAUCCAUUAGUUUAUUGGUUGAAGAAAAAAGCCAAGAGCUUGAUAGUAAAGAGAAGUGGGUUUUGGAGGUUGAGGAGUUGCUUAGGAAAAAGGAUAAGGAGUGUGCUUUGAUGCAAAACCGUAUCGAAGAGGGAAGGAAUAAUUUGAUUAGGGUUGAGAAAAGUAUUAGGGAAAUGGAUAUCAAAGUGAAGACUUCUAUGGAGUAUUGGUCCGGUAAGGUUGAUUUAAAAGAGAGGCAAAUUGAAGGACUGCUCAUGCCAAAUUUGGAACAACUUCUUCUUGCUUAUAACAUGAUCAAAGAAUACUUCAAAGAAGUUGAAAGGAAAGAGAGGGGACUGAAACAACAGGCCAAAGACCUUGAAUCAAAAGAGAGAGAAGUUGCUUUGAAAGUUGAUGAACUUAAGCUGACUGAAACAAGGGUUAAAAAACGCCUCAAUAAUGUUCAGUUGAAAGAAAAGCAUUUUGGUUCACUGGAAAAGUCAUUAAAAGCAGACAAACAGCAUUUGGGUUCACUCCUAAAGUCCACAGAAGAGUGCAAAAAGGAUUUGGCUUCAAUAUCCCAUCAACUUCAGAUGAAAGAAAGGGAGCUUGCACAGCAGGCCAAAGAGCUUGAAUUGAAGCAGAAACAAUUUUCUUCUCAAGCGAAAACUAAGCAUUUGGAACCUGCCCCUGCUGAUAACAAUGCCACUGUUCCUUCAUCUACAAUUGAUCAUUCCUGCAUCAAUAUAGAUGUGACGUCCAACAAAGAGGAACCAGAAUCUUCACCGACUAGAAAUGCAGCAAAUCUUCAACCAAAUACCACCAGAGAUGACAGGAAUGUGCCAGGGUUGCUAAAUGAGAAUUUUAGUUGUAAUCAUUCAGUACAGAGUGACUUGGCUGCUUAUCUUCAGUCAGUACCAGACCCAGCUAAAGUUGUGUUGAACAGCAUGCGAAAUUCUAUUAGGCCAUACUUGAGGAAGGGAUAUUUUGAAGAAAGUGUAAUGUCACGAAACAUUUCCUUAUUGAAGGAGCUAAUGAUUGUUUCACCGCAUGUUGGAUCCCAUAUGAAAGAAAAUGCAAGAUAUCUAGCAACCCAGUGGAAAAUAAAGAUGUGAGGCAACACUAAGAAUUCAGUGGAGAGUUUGGCAUAUUUUCUGUUUAUAACUAUGUAUGAGUUGGAUUUUAUGUUGAAUGGAGAUGAGAUUGUAAAGCUUCUUCUGGUGAUUUCUCAGACAAUUACGGCUCUAGAAUUAUGUCACACAUGGUUUUGCAGCUAAGAUGAUAGGCAAGUUUCUUGAAAAUUAAAACUAUCCUCCUGUGUUCCAUGUUGACCAUCAAUUAUUUAUUUCUUGUUAUGCUUUUGAUUUUUUUUUGUAGGUUUGCUAGC